AACUCAAAGGUGACUUUACAAAAAUACAAAAUAUCUCAAGAAUCUAGAGAGAGAAAUGGAAACCGCCGGCGGCGCCGGAGCAAAACAACCCAUUCUUCUCCACACAGUUAAAAAUUCUCGUCGGAAUAAUUUAAACCGAAUAUUCGCCGCCAUUUACGCCGCCGCCAUAUUCACUCUUCUCAGCCACCACAUACUCUCUCUCAUAACCUCCCCUUCAUUCAUAACUCUCUCUCUCCUCGCCGCCGACAUACUCUUCUGUUUCAUGUGGGCUACCACUCAAUCUUUCCGAAUACGAACCGUCUACCGAACCGUAUAUCCCGACAGGCUCGAGCUUACGAACCAAGAAUUGAAAGCUAUCGAUGUUUUCGUUUGUACGGCGGAUCCGUAUAAAGAACCGCCGUUGGGAGUGGUUAAUACGGCGUUGUCGUUGAUGGGUUUUGAUUAUCCGGCGCCGGAGAAGAUAUCUGUUUAUAUUUCCGACGAUGGUGGUUCUCAAUUGACUUUGUUUGCUUUUAUGGAAGCUGCUAAGUUUGCUAAAUAUUGGUUACCGUUUUGCCGGCGACGGCGGUUGAUGGACACGUGUCCGGAUGUCUUUUUCCGAUCAAGUUAUUCUUCUAACGUUGAAACGGAGGAACUCAAGAAUAUGUAUGAGAAAAUGAGACAUAAAAUUGAAAAUACCCUCGAGAGAGGAGAAGUGGACGAGAACUACUUGGUUGACGAUAAAGAACGAGAAAUAAUCAAGAAAUGGUCGGAAGGAAAUUUUACACGACAAGACCACCCAACGGUUAUUCAGGUAAUUUUAGAAAAUAAGAAAGACAAGGAUAAAUCAGGUGUCCCAAUGCCAAAUUUGAUAUAUGUUGCUAGAGAGAAGAGCAAGAUGUCCACUCACCACUUCAAAGCUGGUGCCCUCAAUACCCUACUUCGAGUUUCGGCAGUGAUGACAAAUGCUCCGAUAGUUCUAACACAAGAUUGCGACAUGUACUCCAACGAUCCUCAAACGCUUCGUCGCGCCUUGUGUUACUUCUCCGAUUCAAAUCGCAAGCCCAAUUUGGGUUACAUUCAAUUUCCACAACGUUUUCACAGCUUAAACAAGAACGAUAUCUAUGCGAAUGAGUUCAAAGGCUUGUUUAUUGCGAAUCCUCUAGGCAUGGAUGGGCUUUCCGGACCUUCUUAUGUGGGCAGUGGAUGUUUCUUCUCUCGACGAGUCUUUUUUGGAGGCCCAUCCUCAUUCGUGGAUCCAGAGAAUCCUCAGCUACGACCACAUAACAUAGUGGAAAAGCCCAUUGGAUCACAAUCUAUUCUUGAUUUAGCCCAUCAUGUUGCCGGAUGCAAUUAUGAAGACCAAACCUCAUGGGGCUCAAAAUUGGGCUUUCGUUAUGGAUCACUAGUCGAGGACUACUACACCGGUUAUAGGCUACAAUGUGAGGGUUGGAAAUCCGUGUUUUGCCAUCCGAAGAGGGCUGCAUUCCUCGGCGAUAUACCAAUCAAUCUCAAUGAUUUAUUAAGCCAAACCAAGAGAUGGGCUUUGGGCCUCGGCGACGUGGCAUUCUCUAAACACAAUCCAAUUAUCUUUGGUACGCGAUACAUGGGCCUCUUAAUGGGCCUAGCUUACUCCCACUAUGCCUUUUGGCCCACUCUUUGUGUGCCCAUCACGGUUUACGCUUUCAUUCCUCAACUCGCUCUUCUCAAUGACAUCUCUAUUUUUCCUAAGGUGUCGAAUGCAAUGUUUUGGGUGUACGUUUUCCUAUUUGUUGGCUCGUACGCACAAGAUUGCCUCGAAUUUAUAAUGGCUGAUGGAACGUUUUUGAGAUGGUGGAGCGAUCAAAGGAUGUUUCUUAUAAGAGGUUUGACGUCAUACUUAUUUGGAACAAUGGAAUACAUAACAAGGUCAAUGGGAAUAGCUUCGGAUGGAUUUAACGUGACGAGCAAAGUCGUGGACAGCGAGCAAGGGAAGAGAUAUGAACAAGGGAUAUUCGAAUUCGGCGUGCAUUCGCCCAUGAUUGUCGUGUUAUCGACAGCAGCCAUCCUAAAUUUGGCUGCGGCUUUGUGGGGAAUUUUGAAAAUAUGGGGAGGAGAAGUGAGCAUAGAUGGACUUGUAUUGCAAGUUUUUGUUGCGAGUUUUGCAUCGGUUAAUGGUUGGCCGAUAUAUGAAGCCAUGUUUAUGAGAAGCGAUGAGGGGAGAAUUCCGCGAAAAACUACAAUUGUUUCGAUACUUAGUGCUGCUACUUUAUAUGUAAUUGUAUCAUUUCUCUUCCCAAAAUAAUUGUAUCAACCGAAUCUAUUUAAACUAUUAUAAGUAAUAAGUUGGUUUUUUU